AAGGCUUCGUGAUCACUCGAAUCCUUUGGAACUUCCAAGCACCAAGUAAGAAAAAUUGUAGCGACAAUUGAAUGGCAUUUUAAUAAUGUUUUUUUGCAGAUUCAUAAGCUACUUUCGUUUAAAUAAGGAAGCAUUUGUCUUUUUGCUAAACGAGAUGGAUGAACAUUUCCAGAAACGUGUGCGAGGAACGGCUGUACCUCCCAUAUUGAAAUUAUGUGCAACUCUCAGGUUCCUUGCUGACGGCAGUUAUCAAAAGUGCAGUGGAAAUGAUUUUAAUGUUGGACUGGCGCAACCUACAAUAUCUGUAGUUAUUAAGGAGUUUUUAAAUAUAAUUGAGCAGCAUAUUUGUGGAAAAUGGAUUACAACCCAAAUGACUGAAGAGGAGCAAAACGCGUCAAAAAUUGCAUUCUAUUCAAAAAGCGGAUUCCCCGGAGUAGUGGGUUGUAUCGAUGGGACUCACGUUCGCAUCAUUUCACCAAAAAAAGAAAUGCAACAUCUUUAUCUAAACAGGAAAGGCUACUACAGUUUAAACGUCAUGAUUCUUUGCGAUUACAAAAUGGCUAUCCGGUAUGUGGAUGCUAGGCACGCGGGCGCAAAUCACGAUUCCUUUGUUUUUAACGUAAGCGAUUUGAAAGAGCAUCUGCAGAGAAACAUACAGAGUAAUUCCUGGAUUUUAGGCGACGCUGGUUACCCUCUACAAACUUUUUUAAUGACUCCUUUCCGCAUGGCAGAAGCUGGUUCACCACAAGCUCGCUACAAUACAAUACACUCUAAGGCUCGAAAUAUUGUAGAACGGACGAUUGGAAUAUUGAAAACCCGAUUUCGUUGUCUUUUACCUGUGCGUGGCUUACAUUAUUCACCAGCAAAAUCUACACAAAUUGUGAACGCUUGCUGCGCUUUGCAUAAUAUUUGUCAACACUUUCGCGUGGAACUUUCUGAAGAAAUUGCAACCGCUUCAAGUACGGAAAUAAGCAAUGAAAACCUGAACAUUGAAACAGAAGACGAGGAUGCCGCCAGAAGAAUUCGCAAUAAUAUUUUGUUAUCCAUUUAAUAGAAAUA